AUGGCAACUUCGCAUUUUCCGCUAAAAAACUGUUUUUUGUUUGGAAUUUUAUUUGUUGUCACAAAGAUUUAUAAUGCUUCAGCACAAGUGACCCAACCACCACCAGGCAUCUACGAACCACCCAGCAUUCCACUACCAAGAUGGCCGAUAGAACUCAACGGAACGCAAAAUGGUUACCACGUACUUCCAGACUACGUUCAACAGCAGAUCCGACAACCUUCAGAAAUUGGUCAUGCUCAUGCUCAUGCUCAUGCGCAUGCUCAUCCGCCGCCCCCGGACAGCAUACUGAGGACAGAAAGCCACAAGAAUCCGUUUCGUCCCCAGCAGCCAAAUACAUUCAAUCCUCAUGCAACUAAAAAAGUAUUCAAGUAUGAAGCGAGCUGGAUGGGGCAACAGAGAAGCAAGUAUCCAAUAGACCGAAGCAUCCAGGAGCAAGGGCUCAAUACUCGACAUCAAGGUCCAUCCAACAACCCAGCAUACAACAACUACCCAUACAAACCACAGUACCCAAAAGAAUCCACACAAUAUGAACCCAAAGGGCCACCCUUUCAGAAGUCGCACGACUCCCAUCUUCAUAGCCGAAUACCCACUAAAUUUGAACACCACACGCCAGCUAAAGUGAGCCAACCACAGAAUGACGGAUACACCUAUCCCAAGCCCCCACCAGGAUAUUACGGUCCAGAGAAGCAAGAGACCAAACCAACAGCAGGACUCCCUCAAGCCAUCUUGGAGUAUCUCCAAAAGCAACAAGCUAAAGACGGACUUCCUCCAACUCUUUUGAAUUACCUCCGCAGUCAGGCAGGGGCACCUGUUCCCCAAUCUUUCCAUGAAAGGCCAACCUCAGCUCCACCAGUAGAUUCAUCAACAGAAAGCCCUCAUCAAGCACAUCAGCCUAAUCAUUCUGCAGAUAUUCAACAUCCACUACCACAGGAAUCUACGACAGAAAGCCCAUCAGCAGGGACAACUGAUCAGCCAACUACUCCAGUUAUUGAAUUCACGACAAAAGCUGUUGCCAGUGAGCUCAUGGCUAAGCUAUCCCGCCAGCUGGAGUCUCAAUCCGCCGCCGUCCAACAACUAACGGACUCCUUUACUACUCUUUCACCGCUUGAAGCAAGUACGGGCCCAACCAACAACAGCGAUGCCUUGUCUUUACAAUUCCGGAAACUUCUUUUGAAAAAGUUGAUAGCACGAAGAUUGUUGACGCUUAAGACCAUAGGUAAUCUUUCAAAAAAUACCACUACCGUUGCACCUGUAAACAUUUCAGAAAGCGUAACCGCAACACCGAAUAUUCAACACCAUUCAGCCCAGGAGCCUGCCACUAAUCCUCAUUCUACUUCUAUUGAUAGUCAUGCACCACACAUUAGUCAGGGACAAGAGAACGUCCACCAACAACCUCUUCCAGCUACUCCUACAUUCCAACCACAUGAACACAAGACCACCGAGGCGUUUAAAGAUGGAACGACCACAUCGAGUCCUGGAUUACUACCAGGCGAGAGAUUUCCCCCUAAUUCACAUUAUGUGGGGCAUCUUCCGCCAGAUGCUGCGGCUGAUCCUCAUUCAAAUCAUGCAAACAACCAAUUUCAACCACAAUCAGGGCACCGACACUCAUUUAAUGCACAGAGACCACAUACUUACGAAGGGAACCAACACUUUGACCAUCAGCACCAAAAACAUGCUAGUCCACAAAACGAGGCCAAAAAUAAUAUACAAACAAAACAAGCACCUGUAAGUGGAAAUCCAGAAAUAAGACAUGCACAGAGACCAAAUACUUACGAAGGGAACCAACAUUUUGGCAAUCAGCACCAAGGGUCAGUGAGUCCACAAAACCCGGCCAGAAAUAAUAUACAAAUAAAAACAGCAUCUGCGAGCGGAAUUCCUAAAAUCAGUUACGUGCAUUCUGGACAGCAAAAUUACCUCGCAGGAGUUUCACCAAAACCCGAUACAGCUACACAAAAUCCGCAGUCGUACUUCCAUCCAGCAUCCGCACAAAAAGAACUUAGCAUGGUGACCGAACCUACACCAAUUUUUGGAGCUCCAAACGAAAUGCAAACCAUAGAAAUACCGGCUAUGAAUAAUCCCACAGCCAAGCCCGGCAUGGUUAGAGUCGUCUACAUUCCUGGAAAGGGUGGUGCUAAGGGCUUCUUCAGGGUCAUCCACGUGAGUGCUCCAGACACCUCUAAUCCAUCCACAGCUCAACCUCUGUCGCCAAUUCAGAAAUAUUUCAGCCAAGACAGGAUCAACAGCCAACAGUAUCCAACGCCGGAACAGUUACGACAUGCCAUCGAACAAGAGAAAGGGAUUAAGGAUUCAUCACGACUACAGCAUGGGUCAGGGAUACCAAAGAAGAAUCCAGUUGUGGAAUCGCCGCAGAAAUUUCCAGCAGUAGAUUCCACGCCGUUGACAGGGUCACAAACUAACGUUAAGGACAGUUUGGUGGGACUUCUCAAUACCCUUGAACCCACCAAGGCGACCAAAGGAAAAAUGACACAUUACAAUCAAGAAAAACAAGCACCGAAUUCGUGGCAAAACUACGCUACAGCAAAUGACUAUGCACCGAACCAAAACAGAUUCGAUCCAAAAUAUCCUACAAAACAAAUCCAUAAACAUUCGGGCGUAACACAGCAGAAGGUUAACAAGAUUCAAGCACCAUCUCAGCAGUACCAAGAAUUCACCAACGUCCAACAAGGUCAUAAGAAGCAAGGCACCGAAAUGAGUCCAUCCUCACCGAACCUUGACCCUUACUACAAAUUAGUUGAAGAGCAAAUUCAUCAGAAUUCCAUAUUUACAACCGCAGCUCCUCUAAAAACUUCCACGUCGCAAACAAUUCAAACACAAUUUGGUUACAACAAUGUUCCUUAUGGAGCUCAUGGAGCUCCUUGGGAAAGCCACUAUAUGUCCAACGGAAACCAACAGAAUCAAGGUGUUAAAUCAGAGCAAAUUCGUCAGAAUUCCAUAUUUACAACGGCAGCUCCUCUAAAAACUUCCACGUCGCAACCUAUUCAAACACAAUUUGGUUACAACAAUGUUCCUUAUGGAGCUCCUUGGGAAAGCCAUUAUACGUCCAACGGAAACCAACAGAAUCAAGGUGUUAAAUCAGAGCAAAUUCGUCAGAAUUCCAUUUUAACAACGGCAGCUCCUCAAGCAACUACCACAUCGCAACAAAAUCAGGCUCAAUUUGGUUACAACAAUGUUCCUUAUGGAGCUCCUUGGGAGAGGCACCAUACGUUCAACGGAAACCAAAGAAACCAAGGUGUUAUAGACGCAAGAGGACCAUUUAACUAUCCUUCGAGAACUCAGGGACCAGUGGUUGUGACCACGGAACAACCUACAACUCCUGUUCCCAUACAGAAUUUUGAGACCAGGGGUCGAUUGUCUGCACCCAACUCAAAUGAAUUCAAUAUGGUCAACCAGCAACCAAAAGGACCUAUACCAACGGGUGGCAGAGUGCCAUCAGAUUUAGCUGGGGCAGUGAGGGGUGCGUCGGCGUCUGUCAAUGUUCCUGGUAACCCUGCAUUCCAUGGUGAACACACCCAACAGACAGAUAUUGCCGGAACUUCUAAUCUUGGUCCCAAGGAACCUGCUGCCUCCACAGGAUCCAACACCGAAGUCGCCAUACAGGAUCAGUUAGUCCAACAAACCAUGAUGGAGCUUCUCAAGCGCCAACCACACCUCCUCCAAGGCAAUAAUCUGCAAGAGCUUAUCCAGAAGCUUUCUCAAAAUAUUUCGGUUCCCGAAAUCGACAAUAACUAUAAUCUUAACAAAAAAGCUUCGAAGUCAUCUGCUCCUUCACCCUCAGCAACGGCAACGGGUUCAUCAUCGCUGCAGUCAAGCGGCAGUUCUAUUGCGUCUCCUGACGUAGGACUUCGACGUUAUCCAGAGCCUAAAGCUGCACCUUUUGAAAAUCUUCCAAAAACCCAACCAGCAUCUUCACAUCCAGUUCCAAAACAAUGGAAUCCAGUAUACUCAAAUGGGGCACAAAAUCGACCAUCGGGGCAUCACAGAAAUAUGAAUCAAUACCACCAAGAAAUGCACAUGGGCGUUUAUCAUUAUCAGGGAUAUGAGGACCCAACUACAACGACGGCUUUACCACCAACCACACAGCCACUGCCUGUAAACUCCAACAACCAGCCUCAAUAUAGUGGAAGAUAUGGUCCUCGGGGUCCACAAUCGCGAUAUCCAAUAAGGGGUCCUCAAAUGAAUUUCCCCAUUCCAAUUUACGAGCACACCGUCUUAGAUAAGCCAAAACCACAGUUAAAACCUCCACAGAGUAAACCCGUAGUCCAAACUCCAUCAGAAAGCAAUUACUGGAAGCAACAGCAACAAAAUCAUACAGUACAACAUCAAAAUUAUUGGCAACAACCACCACAAGCUGCUAAUAACCAACAGCAAAAUCAAUCCAUUGGCCAACACAGCAACCAUUGGCAGCAACAACACAAUCAGUCCAGUGGACAGCACAGCAACCAUUGGCAGCAACAGCAAAAUCGAUAUGAACAACAGCAUCGUGGAAGUCCGCACCAGAAUCAGAUAUAUCAGCAGCAGAACAGCACUAGACAACACCAGCAAAACGCCUGGCAGCAACAGCAGAACCAGACAAACCAAUACCAACCUUAUUGGCAAACCCAGCAGAAUCAAACAAACCCGAACUACUGGCAAGCUCAACACAAUCAGACAAACCAUCAACAAGCGCAUCAACAAUACCCAAGGAAUCAAUAUCAAACCCAUAACAACCAACCUCAGCAGCAAUAUUACCCCACUAAUCAGUAUAAGCAUAUGCAUUCACAACACAGUAAUCAGCAGGCACCGGCAUCUCCCCAACAGAAUAAACAUACCGCGUACCUUUCAGGGGAACUACAUCGCAGUCAUUCCAGCGUCGUCGAAGCCAAGCCACUGCAGAUCCAAAUUCCAGGCAACAUAAACCUAGGUGCACCACAAUCUUCCAUGACAGCUGGGGGUUAUCCAGUUGCCCAGGUUCAGCUCGGACAAACAACAUCCUCGGCGUUAGUUGAUACAUUAUCCCUGCAGAGAUCACCGUUAGUCGAUCCCGUCUCUCCGUCCGGUGGUGUACCAGACUUGACAGCCGGCUUACCCAAAGAUAUCAUAGUAUCCUUCCCAGGAGGUGGCGUCAGCCCGGGAUCAGAUGUUCUUGGAAUCCUCGAUCCUAUGUUGUUAUCGGGUGGCAACCCAAGUCAUUUAGCACCUGUACCAGAACCUUCUUCUUCGCCUGCACCAAGUACGUCUACUGCAGCACCCAACACCACAACGGCGAUGCCCACGGUACCAACCACCACGAUACCGCCAGCUCAUACGUUUUCCUCAGAGCAGAUGUGUACCAUGCAAUCAGAAUGCGAAAUGGGUUGCUGCUACACACUUCAAGGAGACAUAUUGUGGGAUUGGAAAUUCAUGGUGGAACCUCCGCAACUUCCGCAAGUUGGUUAUUGUCACACCAAGAUGUCGACUGAGUUAGGAGACGGUUGUGAAGCUUCUUUCUGUCCUUGUGUCUCAGCAAACCAAGUCUGUCUGAGCGUUCCGCCAGAGAACUUCACUAUACCAGCAGGCUACGACGCCGCCGAACAAGGCGCUAUAUCGUUCGGCAAGUGUAUGUCUACGGCCCAGAAGAAAGCGGCUGUGUCUCAUAUGACCCAGGCCAAGAUGCUGGUGGACAUGUGCAUGUCCGAUCCUUCCUGUCCGCUACAUAGUAUGCAGUUACAGAAGAAGAAAAAGAAAUAAGAAGAGCAACGAUUUUAUUUAUGAAGAACAUUACAACCAUCUUGAUUUUAAAAAAGAGUCCACGAGUCUGACGACAUCUAACCCUUGAUGCACCCGAAAUAUAACCUUGUCGUUCCAUUGACCAAUCAAAAACCGUGUUACAUAAAAAAAAAACAGUUGAAUCACUUUUAUUAGCUUCAAACUUGUGAAAUGUAACGCAAAAACCGAAAUAAAGCAUUAUAGAAUCAUAGCAGCCGCAAAAUCCCACGCUUCAAAACGACGAGAAUUAAAAACAAAACCUCGGGAGUUUUACAUCCUACAGAAAAAAGAACAUAGUUUAUUUUUAUAGAAUAUAUUUCUACUUUACUCAAAUUUUUUAUUUCUAUAUUGUACAUAAGAAUUAAAAUAAAAUGCAUUUAUUGGUGA